AUGGGAAGAAGCAAAAUGUCUCUGGAGAGUGCGAUCGUGUGUUUACUCGUUCUGGGGCUGGUCCUGGAGCAGGUGAAGCAAGUAGAGGGCGUGGAUUGCGGCGGGAGCAUCUUCAAAGUGGCCUGCUACCAUUCUUGCCUUCUGGGUCCUAGUACUGUGUUUCAAUGCGCAAACUUCUGUGGCUGUUACCUCCCUGCUGAUUUGGCCUUUGUACGCAGCUCCGAUGAACUAAACACCAUUGAGAAUUGCAGCUUAGAAUGUAGGGCUUCCGUGUGUGACGACAAGGUCAUGGUCAACAUAGCUACCAACACUAAAGAGAUGAAACUCUAUGUGAAACUCUCCGGUGAUGCUUGUGAUAGUUUAUGUAAGGGGAAUGCUCUCCUGGCAUCCCUUGAUCUUGAUGACUAA